ACCACGCGGGCAGCGAGGACACGCGCAGCGACGGAGGGCAGAGGAAAAUAUGUGUGCAUGUGAGGACUCCAAAGACAACACGGUGGAGGUUGUGGCUGAAGACAUGCGCUCCGGCCUGCAGGCCAUGUCCGCUGAGCCACUUCUCACCGCCAGCGUGUGUGUGUGCGCCAGUUGCAAUGAAGAAAUUGUUGAUAAAUAUUUAUUGAAGGUGAGCGACCUGUCCUGGCAUGUGCGCUGCCUCUGCUGCAGCGUGUGCCAGGCCGCGCUGGGAGGCCACACCAGCUGCUACAUUAAAGACAAGGAAGUCUUCUGCAAGAUGGAUUACUUCAGAAGGUUCGGCACGUGGUGCGCGUGCUGCGGCCGCCACAUCCACGCCACCGACUGGGUGCGGCGCGCCAAGGGCAACGUUUACCACCUGGCUUGCUUCGCCUGCUUCUCGUGCAAGCGGCAGCUGUCCACCGGAGAGGAGUUUGCCCUGGUGGAGGACAAGGUGCUCUGCAGGGUCCACUACGACUGCAUGCUGGACAAGCUCAAAAGGGCCGCCGAUAAAGGCAGCAGUGUCAAUAUGGAGGGUGCCAUGCCCACCGAACAAGAAAUUAGCCCGCCCAAACCAUCCAAGAGAGCGAGGACCAGCUUUACUGCUGACCAGCUCCAGGUGAUGCAGGCGCAGUUUGCCCAGGACAACAACCCGGAUGCUCAGACGCUGCAGAAACUGGCCGAGCAGACGGGCCUCAGUCGAAGAGUCAUACAGGUGUGGUUCCAGAACUGCCGAGCACGCCACAAGAAGCACGUGAGCCCCAACCACACGUCCGCUGCCCCCGUGACCUCUCUGCAACCCGCACGCCUGGCCCCGCCCACUCCCACCCCCGAGGAGCUACAGUACACCACCUUCGGGGGUCCGGAAGGUUCCAUGCUGUCGGCGCUGCACUCCUUCAUCGACAGUGAGCACCAGGCUUUUUAUGAACUACUAUACGAGUGACUGCUUUUCACCUCGGUCUGCAUUUUUCCACUUCACAAAUCAUGCGUGUCACGUCAGUGCCAUGUGUCAUGUGUGGCGAUUCUCAAAGUGAGGCUCGUCAUAGAAUCACUAAAUUAAUUCAACAGUAGAGUGACAGUUUGUAUUUUCCAAUUGAGGACACAAGGUGGCGACAAAGCACUGCUUUAAUUUCCCGUAUAAUGUCUUGGUCUAAUUCAAUUGUAUUUUAAUAUAAAAGUAUUGCUUUGGCAUCUUCCUGGUGCCAAGAAAUUAGGUUGAAGAAAUUUGAGGAGCUUUAGAAAGGAUAAAAAACAAACAGUUGGUGAAAGAUUAAUUGCAAAUGUGUUGUACUAAAAAGGUGGUGGUACUCGGUAGCUCACUUUGACAAUCACCCGAUUAAAUAGGGCAGUGGCUGAUUAGAGGUUAGCUGCCAUUUUUCUACCAGACAUCAUUUUAGGUUUUAUUGUCAUCAUGGGGCCAUGCAAAAAUGUAUGACGCAAUGAUUGACCACAUUUCUUGAUAAUGCUAUGUUCGGAGCAUAUCACAUGUGAAAUUGCAAACCGUGAAAUAUUAUUCAUGUAAGCUGCCUCAAAAUGUAUUGUGAAGCCUUCCCGCUCUGAACGCAGCCCUCGGAAUGUGCUUACCAAUUGCAAAUGGGAUGCGUCUGCAAAUGUAAUUUAUUGUGUGUAUGUCGAGUGUCUUUUAUGAAAAUAAAUGUCUAAUUUCACAAA